AUGGCGGGUGAUGGAUCGUUGAGGGAAGAUUCCUCAUUAGAGGAGGAGCGUACAGUACUAGAUGACUCAUUCGAUACCCUGGAGGACGGUGAUGAAUCGGAGCCCAAUUAUACUCUCGUUACGUACCCAUCAGAGCCAGCUCUUUCGCCAUACUACACACUGACUGGGCUAGAGCUUCUCAGUUCCGAGUAUGAGCCCGACGAGGAUGAGGAGGACACUGCCACCUCACUAGAGACCUCACCACCCGCCCCACUCCUUCCCAUUGGUCUUACAGGACAUCCACAUGUACUAGGGUAA